GAAAAUAGCGUGAAGAAUGUUCAUAACAGGUAUACGGAAACGCAACUAGAUUAUCUAAAGAGGAAGAAGCGAAUUACGGCAUACUGUAAAGUUCCCGUGUUUGAUGGUAGAAUUGAUUAUUACACGUAUAAACGCGACUUUAAAGUAAAUGAAGAAGAAGACGUCGAGGAAUCGGAGGUAGAGGAAGAACCAAUAAAAAAAGCCGCAAAUCACCAGCGAGUAGCCAACUGGGUUAAGUCAGUGAGCAAGAGUACAAGCAUUGGUAGCAUUGAUAAUAAUAACUAUCCGAGUCCAAAACCUACAUAUCCAGCAAAAGGAUCAGAUGUGAUCGAUUCAGGAAAUCAUAGUCAAAGUGGAAAAUCAUGUCAACUUGGCUCGAAUUGGAAAAUGCAAAGAAAACAAAAAAUAAAACAAAUGCGAUUAAAAGCAAUGAACAAGAAAUUAGCUGAGAAGGCACUUGCAAUCUGGCAGGGGCCAA